CCUUCCUCCUUCCAUCCCUCCAUCUCUCUUUUUCUAGCUUCUCCAUCAUCAAGAAUGUCUGCUUCAGUGAACUACAGUAAGGAGAAUCCACAAGAUCCUUUUGUUAAAAGAGAACUAACUAAAAGUGAUCAUGGUACCAUUAUGGGACUGAUUGACAAAGAUAUAGCUCCAAAUUAUAAAGAAUUGGCUGCACAAUUCCGUAUCCCUCAGGGUACAAUAGACACCAUAGCCUACAAUAACAGAAACAACUCAGCAUGGGAUGGACUAAAUGAUGUUGUUGCUGAUUGGCUGAGAGGAAAUACUGAAGUGUAUGAUGAAGGAGUUACAGCUAAUGUAAGGUGGCUGUAUGAUGCUGUCAGAACAAUAAAUAAAACACUUGGAACAAAAAUUGCCAAAGAGUUCGGGAUUCCAGAGCAAAGUGAUUCGUCCACUCAAGAAGCAGACAAAGGAGGCUUGAGCCAUUUUGCAAGUAGUGCUGGAAAAGAAGAGACUGAUUUAGAGUAA